UUAAGAGGCAGUGCAUAGUCUUCCUGGUAGCUGACACUUCUGUCUCCAACUCAAGUUCGUAGCCACCAUGUCUCCCCAGCCUAUGAUGUGCGGAGGAACCACCCCUGACAAGCCCGCGACCAAGGAGGUGCAGGACAUCUGCGACACGGUGAAGGCGUCCGUUGAGGGUAAAGCGAACAAGUCUUAUGAGGUCUUCAUGGCCAAGACCUACAAAACCCAGGUGGUGGCUGGAACCAACUUCUUCAUCAAGGUCCAUGUGGGAGGAGAGGACCACGUCCACCUCCGGGUCUUCAGAGAGCUGCCGUGCAACGGGGGGAACGUGAAGCUGUCCGACAUGCAGGAGUCCAAGUCCCACCAGGACCCCCUCGAGCAUUUCUGAUCCAACACUAAAAAAUAAUAAAAUGAGGGAUAAAGUGCCUAAAUGAUAUUUU